AUGGCACCUCAGGGCUUCUCGAGGAAGCGCCCUGCUCCCGGCGCUGACCCCAUGCCGUAUCCUGCGCAAGUGCAGAAUCCCGCACCAGCAUUUAACGACGGCCUGGGACAGCAGCUCUCUAACGAUCAGUUCCUUCAAUGGGGUCAAACUGGCCAGCCUGCCACGGUGCCAUCCUACAACGACAACAGUUACGCCGUGAACGCGAGUCUGUUCCCUCAGAACAAUCCUCAAACCAACCCUCAGAACGUCCCUCAGCCGUCGAACCAACUUACCCGGAGACCCGCGGCACAACUUAGCUCCCGGGUACCACAGCCGAGUCAAGAUGCAAAGGGUUGGAUGGACACUUCAGAUAGCGGAGUCAAUCCUACAGAUGGCGCUUGGGGAGAUGACCUAGCCGAAUUAGAAGCAAGAGCACAGAUCGCGAAGAGGGAGGCACAAGCAAAGAGAAAACAAAUCCCGCCUUUUGUGCAGAAGCUCAACAGUUUCUUGGAAGAUGGUAGAAACACCGACCUCAUCCGCUGGUCAGACGAUGGCAACUCCUUCAUUGUCCUAGACGAAGAUGAGUUUGCCAAAAAGCUCAUCCCCGAGUUAUUCAAGCACAACAACUAUGCCUCGUUCGUGCGUCAGCUUAACAUGUAUGGCUUUCAUAAGAAGGUCGGGCUGUCAGACAACUCGAUGAGAGCAAGCGAGAAGAAGAACAAGAGUCCAAGUGAAUACUCGAACCCGUACUUCCGACGAGGCCAUCCUGACCUCCUGUGGCUGAUUCAGAAGCCCAAGAACGCCAGCGGCCCGGCUUCGAAGCGCAAAGGGAAGAACGAAAACGAGCAAAUCGAUGAUGAGCUCGACGACUAUGUCGAGGAUGCGACGGUGCCCGACAAUCGCGUCCGCACCCGACCGGGACCGUUAGCCAUUGGCGGCGCCGAGGUGGCCCUUACUCAGGAACAAUUCAAGAGCGUGCAACGCGAACUGGCUGCCAUUAGGCAUCAGCAAAGCCAUAUCUCCCGCAUGAUGCAGCAAUUGAGGCGCGAGCACGAACAACUCUACGGACAAGCCGCCACCUUCCAGGAUCAGCACAACCGCCACGAGAACUCCAUCAAUGCCAUCCUAACCUUCCUCGCCACCGUCUACAACCGGUCACUGCAAAGUCACGACAACAUCCAGGGCAUCACAAAUCUGUUUCAGAACGCAAUGCCAGUUGACACCUCCACGUCAGGAUCAGUGGUAGAUGUUGGCGACUACACCUUCAACGACAUCAACAUCGAUGGCAGCUCAGGGAAGCCGUUUAAGCGACAGCCUCUGCUCCUGACCAACGGAGCUGGUGCCGGGUCCCAGCAAGGUGGUCGCGCAAGUACUCUGUCGCCACGCACGACGGCGACUUCUCCCUACCCACCUCGCGCUCAACCCGUCCGCUCGGCAAAGCAGCCCUCCGUCCUGUCUCCGCAAGUGGAAGAAGUCUUCGAUCCCGGCGUAAACAGCUCCAACGACAACAUCCCCUCAUCUGCAAGCACCCAGUCUCGCCCAAGUGUAUCCGACUUGCCCUCUAGAGAUAUGAUGUCCAUGAUCCAGUCCGCCAACGCUCGGAACACCACCUCGGCCACCUCGCCCACGACCCCGGCCCAAGACUUCUCCUCGGUCCUCAACUCACUGCAAAACUCCUCUAGCACGGCUCCACUUACCAAGACCCAGCGCGCCGACGUGCUCCGUUUGAUCAACAACUCCUCUGGCACCGCACCAGGCUCAGACAACGCGCUCAUCAACGCCACCCCACCACCCGGUCCAGCAAAUUUCCAUCGCCGCCUCGCGUCUACGCAGGCAGACCUCGACCAGUUGGCGAAACUCCAGGAGCAGCAGGACAAGAGCGUGCAGAACCUCACCAACCUAUUGCAGCCACUCUCUCCGACGGGCAGCAUCCCCGGAAUUCAUGACAGUCAGCAACUACCGCCACCACCGGUGGAUGUCGAUGACUUCCUCAAUCAGAUCGAAUACUUUGGUGAAUUUCCAAGCGAGGGAAGUGGCAACUACGAUUUCGGGAACACAGGCCUGGGCGGUAACCAGCAGGGUGGUGACGGCUUCAACUUUGCGGACUACAAGGACGACGAUGAGUUGUUUGCGAACUUGGACAACAACGAUUCGGCUGCAGGGUUCGGGUUCGACGGCACCGAUGACGUCUCACAAGGCCAAUACGCAGGAAACCCUAGGGGCACAAAAAUCGAAGGCAUCGGUGGGUUUGACGAGCACGACGGUGGGGGACGCGUCGAGAGCGUGCCAAGUAGCGAAGUCACGACGCCCAAGAGCGAAGAUAGGAAGAGUAGUUCCGGAGCGAGCAUUGGGGCUAACACCGCCGCGGCCAAUAGAGCCAAGGGUCGCAAGUUGAGCAACAACGAGGACGCCACCGAGAGGAAGAGAGCCAAGGCUUGA